UGAGUGAUCGAACAAAUACUAUUAAUAUUGCAGGUAAGCACAAAUGUAAUUGCAGGUUAAUGCCGCUGCUGUUAGUGAAUCCCUAAGGCUUCUUGGUGCGAGGAUUUCGGGCGCGACGAGGCUUUCGGGUGCGAGGCGUCUUGGUCUUUCUGAUGGCCUUCGACUUUGCUGCUUUUUUAGCUUUGGUCGGCUUAGGCUUUUUGGUCCUUUUCGCCUUCUUAGGCUUCUUCGCCUUCUGUGCCUUUUUCACCUUCUUCCGUGUUUUCGUCUUUUUCGUGGUCGUAGGAGGCGCAGUAGUCUCUUGCAUGACAGAGGAUUCAGUCAACCCACGGCCAGCUACGAUGAGCGCUGCGACGUUGAGUUUUGCGAGGGUUGUAUCCAGUGGGUCGAGCGUUGUCUGCUCUUCCGUCCCCUCCCGAAGAGCGCGGCCGCCGGUGAAGGCACAUAAGGCGGCCACCAUGAUGGCGACGAGGGUGAACUUCAUCCUUGCUCCCAAAUCGUGAAAUCGAAAGUGGCGUUGGUACUCACAAUUGAUUGCGCGAUGGUCGUUCAAUUGUGAUGAAC